GGCAGGUCUUCAUCAUGGAAAAGUUUGGGACGCAGGGAAUCCUUAUUGUUUACAUCCUUCCAUCUCGUACGCUGGGGGCGGGCGGGAUCCACCCUCAUUCUUUAGAGUUUACGUCAUUGUAACUGUGUUUUUUGUGAAUGAAAGAAUCCAACCCCACAGAACAGAGUAAUUCCGGGAAAAGGCGAACUGACAUUUUGUCGCUUGACUCGCUUCGACUGAACACAGUAUUUGACGUUUCUCCGUGUUUUAAAAACAUUUGUUUAUACAAUUGUGUUGACAACUGAAGGACUGGCAGCUGGUACUCUCCAACGACAUAGCCAAGGACAAAUCGUCUGUAAAUCUGUGUUUACUGGUGUCGGAGAAAGAGGAUAAAGCCAGACCAUGACGUCAGAAAGAAGCAGCAAAGCCCUGAAGGUGAAGCGGGAGUGUGGUGAGAAUGUUCCGGUGUUGUCGGACAGCGAGCUCAUGUCCUUGUCUGUACGGGAGCUCAACCUCCACCUACGGGGUCUAUCCCGCGAGGAGGUCCAGAAGCUCAAGCAGCGCCGGCGCACCCUGAAGAACCGUGGCUACGCGGCUAGCUGCCGGGUGAAGCGCGUGUCCCAGCGCGAGGCCCUGGAGCAGCAGAAGAAGGAGCUCCAGAGGGAGGUGGAGAGGCUGGGUGUGGAGAACGCUGGGAUGAGGAGAGAGCUGGAGGGCCUGGGGGCCAGGCUGGCUGCCCUGCAGAGGUUCGCCCGUGGGUUAGAGUCUGGAGGAGGUAACAUCCUGGCUACGGCCCCACGCUUGAACACAGCCUCGGUCAUUACCAUAGUGAAGACCCCGCCACAGGCCCACGUCCAAAGAGAGCAGGGGGGCUCCUAGGAGGAACCGAUCGGGCUGGGGAGGGACUCAUGCACGCACAUACUCUCAUAUAGACACACACACAGGCAGACACAUGGAGAGCCCUGGAGGAUUGGAGGAACACAGACAAAUAGGCACUUAUGAAACUCAUGCGCUUAGGAUGAUACACAUACACUCGCACACCAGGGUUUCCGUUAGGAAAAUGUGACGCCAGACCUUUAACCGGCAGUGUUUUAAUUUACCGGACAUUUAAGACGUUUACCGGACCCAUAUGUAUUGGGUGUGUAACCUGAUUAGGGCGUCCACCCACGGUGCUCAGAAUGACAGAAAUCACAUUUCGAUUAUGGUUAUUCUUCUUAACGGGACAUUGAACUCGAGGGUGCAACGAUGUGAAUACUUCUUACCGAAUUCCGAUGCGCAAUUUGAAGAUGUUAGAAUAACUGUCCACAUUUACUUUUCCUCAGCCAACAAGAUGAGUAAUGAACAUAGCCUAUGUCAAUCUACUAUCCCCCAUAGUAGAAAAGUUGACCUAUUCUAUUGGUCAGCUUGUCAUUCUGCGUGAGAAAGAAAUAGCCUAUUCCAAACAGACUAGGGCAGUUGUGGAAUGAUAGAUCCCAAGUUCAUACAACCAGUAGGCCUAGGCUACAUCACAAUUUUUAAAGCUAUGAGGCUCAUGCAACAGAUCUGAAAGUUUAGCUUAAAAUGAUUAUAAACAAAUUUCUUCACAUUAUAAGCACAGAAAUUCCACACAAGGCAGUAGGCUAUGUGCGAAUGUUCGUUCCAUAAUACCAUUGUUAGGAAAAAAUAGUUGUCAAAAGCACACCACACAUGCGAGCGGUUUCAUGAGACAGAGUUGAAAAUAUCCGUUAGAAAUUUAGAAAGAGUGGACCUCUAAAGAUGCAACAACUAGCAUGGACUGCUUAUAUGACUAGGAUUGUGCCUUUCGGCUACUGGACAAUGAAAGAAGGUUGAUCUGAAAACCAGUAGAACAUGAGAAAUAGGCUACUGGUUUCAAUAGAAUAUGGAAGUCUUUAGAAAAGAAUUGCCUGCAUGUUUGGUUGGAUUUUGGCUAGGCUACUUUGAAGCAAGGUAAGACAUGCCUCAUAAUGUGUAGUAAAAUGUUCCCGUUUCAAACAAUUAAGUAUAUGUUUUCAAAAUACAUACUGCCUCCUGCUCAUUGCAAAGUGGUGUGUUGACACGCUGAAGCCUGUCUAGUUGCCUAUGCACUUGAAUGGGAAGUGCGCUUCAAUUAACAGUUGAUAAAUAAAAAUAGUAGCUAUUUUUAAUCAUGACCAUCAAAACUGUUUUUAACACAAGAUUGCAUAUAGAAUUGUUGUGCAGUGAUUGGGCUUAUAGUAGCACGUUUCACUCCAGCAGCAACAAACAAGCUGUUUGAUGAGCUGUAGCAGCAGCUCUUGCGCUAGAUCGACUGGUAUUUCAAUCAAUAAAUAGGCUAAAAUGCAUUUUCACAAUGGGAUUUUCCUUCUCCAGGACAAUAGGCCGGCGGCAAUUUUAGUUAUCUGCCAAAAGCCGGCUAUUACCGGCUAACGGAAACCCUGUCACAAACACACACACACACACACACACACAAGUAAGGUGUUCAGUGACAAAUACUCACUCUAAACCCAGCCAACAUACAUACAGACUCAUACAGAUGUGCAGUUGAGGAAACAUGACUGCUGACGAGUCCGGCUGAGGCAUGACAGGCGUGCAAAACAGGGACAUAGACAACAUCCCUCGACAAAGCCAGUCUUGCUGCUGGUGCUCUCUGAUACUGCUACUCAACAGGCUGAGCCGGCUAGCGCUCUGCCUUCUAGCAUGGCAUCUAGCCCCGCUACACAAUGUCUGGGUUAAUCAGACUCUUCCGCAGCUUCUUCCAAUGCAAGCUUUGCGUUUUAAACGGCAUCACAGUUGACAUCUGUACAUGUCUUCGAGUGUUGUUCAUCUGUACUCUUGUGUGUCGAUACUAUUGUGCUUCACUGUGUUGCCGUUUGUAGUGGCUACAUGGGUGUUUUUCAACUGCACAGUGCACAUUUUGGUUUGUUAUAAACGGCUUUGGUUGUAGUUGGUCAUUGCUGGAAACAGUUGAAAAAUCCACAUCUCGUAGAAUACUAUGUCAAUGCAAAAAUCUAUUGAUACAUUCCUUUAUAUUAUUUUGUAAUGUUUAUACAAGAGACAAAUGUUUGAGCGAACAUUUAUUCAGAGGUAUUCUAUUUUAUUUGUAUUUAAAGAAUAGAUAUUACAAAAGCUAAUGAGUGCUGUGGUGUAAUGUAUGUUUCAAAUACCUGCGUAUGACUAGUUUGGGGAAAUUCUCACGUCUAAUUGUUGUACUGAGUGUGUGACGAUUAUUUGUGUAAUGUUUAACUGUCGUAAUGAGCUGUUUAGAUAUGCUAAAAGCCGAUGGUCAUGUUGCUGUAAGAUGAUUUUAGUAUGCGUGUACACCAUAUUUGUACUAAUUUCAUAGUGAGUCGAGUGGCUUGUUGUAGGGAUAUUAUUUUUCUAUCGAGUACCAAGGUGAUGAUACGUAUUGUUAUUUAUGAUACAUUUUAUUUCACGUUUUCUGAAAUGGCUAGAGAGGGAGAGUAACACUGUAAGGAGAAAGAACGAAGGAAAAGAAUGGUAAAGGAAUAAAAGAAUGAGGCUGAGAUGAAAAAGAAAGGGAUAACAGGAUAUGAAGGAAAGAUGUGGUGGUAGAAGAGGGUUUGGGAGGUGAAUGAGGAAGGAGAAGAGGACCGAUAUGAGGUGGUGCUUAAUUCAAUUGAAAACCUUGUAACAUCCAUGAUUUAUCAAUAAACCCCUGCUGACUCUUAUUAGACUGGGGUUGACUUAAUGUUCCGAAAGUAAUAGCAAUAUGAUUUAAAUUGUCAAUAGUGACAUUGUGUUGAUUACUCCUGUAAGAUAUAUUUAGCUAUCUGCUCAAUAUCAAUGUUGCAUAGCAUUUAUCCUCAGUAAUAUCUAAUGUCUCAUCUAAGAUUAUUGUCAAAUUGUGCUGGAUGUUUUGUUAUACCGCAAAACAAAAAUGGUCUUUGUAUUUAUUACAUGUAUUUUUUCUAUGGUGAAAAUUAAGUACAUUGUCUAUUUUAUAUAUUAAUAAUUGAAAUAAAUGUUGUAUAUAUUGUACAUAAAA